GUGAAAGCAAGUCACGUGAUCCCCUGCGUCCUACUGCAUAACUCGCUGCUCAGAGAAAACAGGCAGGUUUACGAAGAGGCAGGAGGACACCAUGAACACACUCAGACAGGUUUUCUGCAUCCCCUUAUUAUUCAACUCAUUGGUCUGGAGUGGAUAUCUCGAAAAUGACCAAGAUGUCUUGAUACCAGAGGAUUGGACAGAUGUGGGUCGAGUUGAACCAUCAGAGGAGCUGGAGCUGAUCUUUGCCUUAAAGCAGCAGAAUGUCCAGCUGCUGGAGGAAACGCUUGGACUACUGUCAGACCCAGAUUCAGCUCAGUAUGGUAAAUAUCUCAGCCUGGAGGAAGUAGCCUCUCUUGUGCGUCCAUCUGAACUCACACAGAAGAUGGUGCGUCACUGGCUGCAGAGCCAUGGGAUUUCAAACUGCCUGACUGUUCACACUCAGGACUUUUUACAGUGCACCAUGACUGCAGAGGCUGCAGAGAUGCUACUUCCAGGAAGUAGGUUCCAUCGUUAUACCAGAGAUGGCCACUCUAUUGUGAGGUCUUCAGCUCCAUACUCUGUUCAUGAUGAUAUUCACCAGCACCUUGAUUUUGUUGGAGGGCUUCACCGUGUCCCACCUAGAGGGAAGGACCUUGGCAAGAAGCAGCGGAGAUCAAAAGCAGGAUUGCACCUUGGAGUGACUCCUGCCAUCCUGAGGACUCGCUACAAUCUGACAGCAACUGAUGUGGGAUCAGCUCAGAACAACAGCCAGGCUGUAGCCCAAUUUUUGGAGCAGUACUACCACCCUGCUGACUUGGCUGAAUUUAUGAAGCUCUUUGGUGGGACCUUCCAACAUCUUUCAGAGGUGGAUCGAGUUGUAGGCACCCAGGGAGGAGGAAAGGCUGGUGUGGAGGCCAGUCUGGAUAUCGAGUACAUCAUGAGCACAGGGGCAAACAUUUCUACAUGGGUUUUCACUAAUCCAGGUCGUCACGAGUCACAGGAGCCCUUCCUCCAGUGGAUGGUCAUGCUCAGCAACAUGUCUGACCUGCCCUGGGUCCAUACUAUCAGCUACGGUGACGAUGAAGACAGCCUGUCUACAGCCUACAUGACACGAAUAAACACAGAGUUUAUGAAAGCAGGUGUCAGGGGGAUCUCAUUGCUCUUUGCCUCUGGUGACAGUGGUGCUGGAUGCAGACAUAUGGACAAGCAACAGAACUCUUUCAGGCCCAGUUUUCCUGCUUCAAGCCCAUAUGUGACUACAGUUGGAGGGACAUCAUUCAAGAACCCUUUUAAAGUCACGUAUGAAGUCACAGAUUACAUCAGUGGAGGAGGUUUCAGUAACGUUUUCAAGAUGCCCGACUACCAGGCCAGCGCAGUGGAGGGCUACCUGAAGACUGUUGCAGCGACUCUCCCUCCUCAGUCUUACUUCAAUACCAGCGGCCGGGCCUACCCGGACAUGGCUGCCCUGUCUGAUAAUUACUGGGUGGUCAUCAACAGAGUGCCUGUCCCAUGGGUGUCUGGGACCUCGGCAUCAACCCCCGUCGUAGGAGGCAUGCUUUCCCUCGCAAAUGGUCAGCGUUUGUUGAAGGGCCUGCCCACCCUGGGCUUUCUCAACCCCCGGCUCUACAAGCUCAAAGGACAGGGCUUGUUUGAUGUGACGGAAGGUUGUCACCUGGGCUGUCUGGAUGAGCAGGUUCAGGGAAAGGGCUUCUGUGCUGCACCAUCAUGGGACCCUGUGACCGGUUGGGGGACACCAAACUACCCUGCACUGCUGGCUGCCCUCUUAACUGACUAAAUGGAUAAAAGCCUAAACACCUAUGUUUGCUCUAUGAGCAGCUACAAGACUCGCAUCGGUUCUCUUGAAAAGGUUCCUGAUGCCGACGACAGGACAGUGGAAUUGUGAUUAUGAACUCUUGUUCUAUUCCAAUAAACAUUCAAGGUUGAAACAUGUCUCAAAUCUCAAGACAAGCAAACUCCUAUAUAUCACUUUAAGGAUUUUUUUAAUCAACUGCACCAAGAAUUUUUUUCUUUCAGGCUUAAAACUGUAAUUUCAGGUCAGGGAUUUUUAAUUCUGCAAUGUAGUUUCCUCUUUCUGUUGUUCAUUUUUACUGGCUUAGAUUUUACCAAUUAUCUGUAGGACAACCUCAAAGAAAAUGGGUAUUAACAGGAAUCUUGUGCUUUGAAUUACUGCCUCAGAAAUAGAAAGGUUAGAUACUCAAUGCUAUGCAUAAUUGAAAAUAAGAUUUUUUUUUCUUAAAUCUGGUGCCAUACAACUCGGCUGGGAUGAGCUAGGAACUUUUCAUAGAAUCUGUGUGCAAUUUUAAUGUCAUGUGUAUUUUAAAUAAAACAGGAACAAAUUUUGUGGCUUAA